AUGUUGGUAACUAGAAUAAAAAGCUCAUUGAUAAUAAUAACCAUAUUCACCACACUUGUUUAUUCACUUUCAUCCAACACACUCACACAAUGCUAUGAUCACCCGGAUCCUUUGAAUCGAACUCACCAAAUACCAAUCAAAUGUCCCAUCAUAAAACAAUCCAUAGAUGAACAUUUGUUGACAUCACAAAACACAACGAAUAUGUUUGUGGUGAACUUUACGUGCGGCACAGAUAGCACAAUCCUGUGUACCAAGGUCAAGAAUGCUUUCGAGACCGCGGGAAAGAUCAUAUCAUCGACGUUGACGUUAAAUGUACCAAUCAAUGUAAAUGCCAGCUUCGUGGACUUUUGUACAACAAUGGGGGAUUGUGGGAAUACAGGAACAAUAACUUUAGGUGGAGCCUCUCCAGCGCGCUCGAUCCUACUGCAAGAUGAUGAUGGUCUCACAAGAUUAUACCCGCAAGCCUUGGUCAAGCAAUUUCAAUUUCAAAGACAUCCCGAAUUUUCCGAAUUUGACAUCAAGGCACUUUUCAACUCGGCAGUGACAAACUUUUGGUUCGACGGGGAUCCACCUAUAACGAGUAGCCAACAAGAUUUUCUAUAUGUGAUUUUACACGAGUACAUCCAUGGCCUAGGGCUCUAUUCUAGUUUUGAUGAUCACUUCAACAACAGUGUGCCGACAAUCAUGACCCCAAAGAUAUACAUGUCAGAAAAUUCGAUUGAUUCGUCACUGACAUUUAAUGGAUUCGUGGAAGCAGCUUUUGACAAAUACAUGAUAUACUUACCAACCGGUGGGAGGAUAUCAUCUAUCAUCACGAGUCAACUGAAUCAAUUUGCGGGGGGAGUUGGAACAGUAUUUCUUGAUAUGAAUGAAUUCUCUUCGAAAUUCAAAUCCUCGUCGCAAUAUGUACUUUCCUUGAACAUGAUGACAUGUGCGAUCACACCUUAUUCAUUGGGAUUCUUACCACGCGGGGCAAACAAAUCUAGCGAAGCGAUCAUCCUAGAGACCAGCUUAAAACCUUACCGACGUGGCUCCAGCAUCAUGCACUUCAACUAUAAAACCUAUAGCAAAACAUCUGAUUUCUUGAUGAAGUAUUCAGCGGAUCGUGGAGUCAGUUUGACAAACUUGGUGGCGGCAUCCGGAAAUUCAGGAUCUCCGAUCGGUCCGAAAUUAAAGUUGUUUCUUGAAACCUUGGGGUACCAGAGUUCAGAAAAUCCGAAUCCUUACAGACCAAGUGUCGACAUAACAUCCAACUCAUACAAUAAAGAUAAUAAAGAUGACACGCCGGUACUACCCGAUGGCGUAAAUAUGUCAAGUUCAGCACAACUUGGAGUCGGUAAGACGAUGUUCUCUACAAUGAUCAGCGUCUUUAUAAUGAUACAACAAUUCGUCGAAUUAUCACGGCUUAGAAGUUAG